AUGUCUGAACAAGAAAUCAUUGAAGAGGGCCGCUACCUGGUCGAGUCAUUCCAGGUGCUGCGUGACUACGCGUUGAGCGUGUCGAAGCCUCCUGAGCAAGAACUCGAUUCUCGGGAGUUCUCUCGAUUUACCGAACUGUUCAAGCUAGUCCUCACGGAUAUCGAGAAGAUGCACGAUUUGAACAAGGCGCGAGAGGCCGAGAUCGUCAAGAGAAAGGGUGAGAUCGAAGCCCUGCACAGCGACGCCGAAGUCUUGCACAGAGACGCCGAGAAACACAGAUUCGAGAUGUCCACGGCAGCGGAGGAGGCUCUGAGCACAAAUAAUAGCGCCUCAAAUACCGCACAACAGCUCGAGAGCAUGCGGCUCGCGGCUGAGCGUGAGAGAAGAGAGCUCCAGGUUGCACUCGAACGGGUGGCAGGUACCGAGACUAGUCUCUCAGAACGCGAGAAAGCAAUCGAGCGGGCCGAGCAGACGGCUCUCGAGGCACGAGGUGCCGCAGAGGAGCAGUCCAGACUGACAGCUCUUUCUUGGCAAAGAAAUCGUACGCUUGUCACAACGAACGAAGACCUCCGGGCCAGCCUUGAAGGGGACCAGGAGGAGGCCAGACAAGCUAAGCAGAGGUACGAGGACGCAGAAGCCCAGGUCGUGCGUAAUCGAGAAUACCUAUCUCAGGAGAGAGAGGAUGUCGCAGAGAUCAAAGAGCAGCUCGAGCAACAGAGGGCGAGUGCUGCAGAGAUCAGGACGCAGCUCGAACAAGAGAUGGCGAGUAUUGCAGAACGCCAGGCCUCACUUGAUGAACAAGUACGUCUGAUGCAGGCCCAGACGGAGCAGUCAGAUGCCUUGAGGUCUGAGGCAGAUGCUCUCAAGUCCGAGGCAGAUGCUGUUAAGUCUGAGGCAGAAAGACGCAAAAACCAAGCCGAAAGGCUCAUGGAAGAUGCGACCGCCCAGGCGGAAAGAGCAAAACAGCUGGAGCGUGACGCAACAUCGCAGUCCACGUCGGCCGAGCACAAGGAGCAGCUUGCCGAGCAGGCCCGCAGCCAGGCCGUGCAAGACCGUGACCUCGUCAUGGCUGAUCGUGCCCAGGCAAGCAAAGAUAACGAGUCCAUCAGGUCUCUCCUUGAAAACAUCAAGGAGCAAGCUGCACAGGCGGCCCAAGACCGGGCCGCCGCCGAGUCCUGCCUCAAGACGGCAGAGGAGCGCAUGGCAAAAGACCAGGCUGAUGGCAAAGUCCUCGUCCAGCAGGCCCAGGUAGAGCGAGAGGAGGCACGUAAGUGCCAUGCCAAUGCCGCGUCAUUGCUCGAGGAAGUCAAGGAUCAAAAGGCACAGCUGGAUGAAGAACGUGCUGUUGCUGCGGUAUCUGUCGAGGAGGCCAGGGCCCAACAGGCAGAAUACUGUUCUGUUGCCGCGUCUUCUCUGGAACGAGCCAAGGAAGUCCUUGCGGCCAGUGACACAGUGAUCCAGGAGAAGAUCCAGGACCUCGAGAGGGCGAAUAAAGUUCUGGAGACAAAACUUGAAAAGAAGACUGAAGAGUCUGAUGGCCGUUAUGACGACUGGCUCUCUCUUCGAGCAUCAAUGGACGCCAAGGACCUCGACGUCAGACGAGGUGCACGGCAGCUAGAGGAGGCCGAAGAGAAGGUUAGCGAUCUCAGCGGCACCGUCCGUGAACUCAAGGCCAAGCUGCAAUCCGCAGAGGACAGGGCCAAGUCGUGGGAGUCCAAGGUGGACGACUACCUCGCUGAUGCCUGCGAGGGUCUCAAGAUCCAGAACCAAGACCAGAAGUCAAUGGCGUUCCUGCAGGAGUACCAGGAGGAACUUGAAGGCUAUGAGAACACACUGCGCGAAAAGCUCGACAGUGAACUCGCAGUCUACGGCGAACGGAGCGACGAGAUAUCGGCCGAGAUCGCCGAGGUAUCCGCGCAGCUGGAAGCCGUCAAGGAGAACUCCGAGCAAGAGCUGAAGACACUCCAGAAACAGCUUCUCGACAAGGAUCGGGAACUGCAAGGCUUUCGUGAGGAGUCCAAGCGACUGAGGACCGAUCGAGGCAACAGAGAAGCCGAGAUCAGGCAGGAGUGCCGCGCUGCUGCCGAUUUCGAGAAGCAGCGCGCGGACGGCCUCGCCGCUGAGCUGCAAAGAUACCGUCUACUCACCGAGGGAAGCCCCUGGAAGGAAACGUUGCAGCGUGUUUUUGAGUACAUAGCGGGCCUCGAUCUGGACCAUCGCAGUCAGAGCCAUGGCCCUGGCUUCAGAGGCCUCGACGACGAGCGGUUGAUCCGGCCUCUCACCUAUAUCCUGGCCAGGGAAGACAAGCGUGAAAAUUUCACGGCGUUCUUGGACUCUACCUCCAAGCCUGACGGCUGGUAUUGCAUGGACCAAGUAUGCGGCACGGACCACGACGCAGUUGAGCCGGUGGAUGGCGAGUGCCCAUUCCAUAGCUAUACCGAUUGCAGGCUGCAAGUGAGGCACCUCGACGCAUCUUCAAAAGGGAAGACCCUGGACUGCAGGGUCCCAUUUCCGGAAGAAGACGAUGAGGAGGAUGAUGAGGACGAGGAUGAGGACGAGGGAGGUGUGCAGUUGAUAGACUAA